AUGCUUCUGGUAAAGAAACGAUAUGCUUUGCCGACCUUCAUUCUCACAUUUCUCAUCUAUCUUGUUUUCACCACCCUGCCGCCAGGCGCGGAGAGGUCCUAUGUCGAGCACCAUUCACAUCCAAUCCAUGACGUGACCGAACCCGCGAAAGACGACGAUCGUAUCCAUUGGACGAAGCAUGCCGAGCAGUAUCCGAUUUCCGAUUACGUUUCGUUGCCAACUACCUCCCCAUCUCCGAUUCCUCAGAUCCAGUACGACUUUCCCGCCGAAUCAUGGCUUGCUCGCAUGUGGCGGAGAAGAAAGCAGAACGCAGUGAAAGAUGCCUUCAAACAUGCAUGGAAGGGCUACAAGGACAAUGCCUGGCUGCGGGAUGAACUGUCACCACUGAGCGGUGGGUACAGGACUUCCUUUGCAGGCUGGGCGGCGACCCUGGUUGAUUCUCUUGAUACCCUGAUUAUCAUGGGACUCAUGGACGAGUUCGAGGAUGCGCUGGAAGCACUCGAACAUAUCGACUUCUCAACCACCGACUCUAUCCAGAUCAACGUGUUUGAGACCAAUAUUCGAUACCUUGGGGGUCUUCUUGGUGCACACGACCUUACCGAGGGCAAAUAUCCCAUUCUGAUAAAGAAGGCGACCGAGAUUGCAGACUUCCUCUACGGCUCGUUUGACACGAGGAAUAGGAUGCCCCAAUCUCGGUGGGACUGGACAAGAUCCGCAUCAGGGCAGACCAUACAUCCGAGUGGGAACACUAUACUCGCGGAGCUGGGCUCUCUGAACCUUGAGUUUACCCGGAUGUCCCAAUUGACCGGUGAUCAAAAGUACUUUGACGCAAUCCAACGGAUUACAGAUUACCUUGAAUCAGCCCAGAAAGACACCAUGGUGCCUGGCCUAUGGCCCAUGUUGGUUGACGCUCGCAGCCUGCGGUUCUCAGAUCCCCGGUAUACAGUGGGUGGAAUGGCAGAUUCCACCUAUGAAUACCUCCCCAAGGAGCACAUGCUCCUUGAAGGGCGGACGCAGCAAUACCAACGGAUGUACGAAUCUGCCAUGCCACCGAUCAAGGAGCGGAUGCUCUUUCGCCCCAUGACCAAGGACGGCGCGGAUGUGUUGUUUUCAGGAAACAUCUACGCUGGCACAAAGGCCAAUCGCAAGAAGGUGGAUGCGCAAGCAGAACAUCUCAAGUGCUACCUUGGGGGCACAGUAGGCAUCGGUGCCAAGGUGUUCAAUCGGACCGAUGAGCUGACGAUUGCUCGGAAGCUGACUGACGGCUGCAUCUGGGCGUACGAUAUCAUGCCCUCCGGAAUCAUGCCUGAAAUCAUGUACCUCAGUCCUUGUGACGAUGCCGAAAAUUGCCCGUGGGACGAGCAAAAGUGGUAUGAAGACGUCCGCGCCCGGCCACCAGACCACGCCAACAUCGCAGACACCGAUGAGGCUGCUCAAAUGCUCAUCGAGAAACUCGGCCUCGUCCCAGGGGUUGCUGAAAUCGCCGAUGCACGCUAUAUGCUGAGGCCCGAAGCAAUCGAGUCCGUGUUCAUAAUAUACCGUAUCACAGGCGAUACGAAGUACCAGGAUGCCGCGUGGCGCAUGUUCAGGAACAUCGAGAAGGCCACUCGGACCGAAUACGCCCAUGCAGCCAUCAGUGAUGUGCGGCAGGCGAAGCCGAAGCAGCUGGACUACAUGGAGAGCUUCUGGUUGGCGGAGACUCUGAAAUACUUCUACCUUAUAUUCUCCGAGCCGGAUCUUAUUAGUCUGGACGAAUAUGUGCUAAAUACUGAGGCGCAUCCGUUCAGGCGCCCGUCGUAA